UUCACUAUUUAAGCCACGGUUUCCUUAUAUUUUGGUGUUGUUGUUCGUGGUUCACUAGCGCGUUCGGUGUAUUCUCUCACGACAUAGUUUGAAUUCUCCUAAUCAUCGCUGACUACGAUUGUACGGCGACUAUCGAUUACAACAACUACGACGUCGAAAGGACGAGCGUUUAAAUGUCGAUUACUAAGAAGAUCCUCGGUACGGCAUCAUUAACGAUGCUUCUAUUCGUAUUUCAAAGCAAUCACUGCUUUCUUGUCGAUCAAACAAAUGUUACGGAUCCGAAUACAGAAUCGACCGAUGCAUUAUUUGUAAAUAAAGAUAUUCAAAAUAAACGUGACAUAGAUCGUCGAGGCUAUUCCGAAGAAAAGAUAUACGAAAUCUCUCAAGCUUGCUUGACUCCGACCAACAAGGAAGGUCAGUGUAAACAAAUCGGAGAAUGCGUGCUCGACGACGUUCGAUCGAAUACUAGUCAAUUUUUCAAUAAUAUGUGCAUUCUCAAUCGAACGCAAAUAGGAAUUUGUUGUCCGAACAAGUCACUAAGUACAUCGAGUUUGUCGCUCGUGGAAAGUCUGGCUGGACCAUUACCUUCUAUAGCAAGUUUUUACAGCGAAAAGGAGAAUAAUCCAGACGAUAGAAAAGCCAGAGGACACAGAGGAUGUGGAACGAACACAAAGAGUGGUACGAGAAUCGUAGGUGGACGACCGGCUGAUCCUCGGGAAUGGCCUUGGAUGGCAGCGUUACUUAGAAAAGACGCGAUUCAGUAUUGCGGAGGUGUUCUCAUCACCGAUAGACACGUAUUAACAGCUGCCCAUUGCGUUCAGAAAUUCAAGCCACGUGACAUCCUCAUUAGAUUGGGUGAAUAUGACUUUACGAAAUCAAACGAAACCAGAGCUUUAGACUUUGCGGUUACAGAAAUAAGAAUCCAUAGAGAUUUCGAUUCAGCCACGUACGAGAAUGACAUCGCUAUUAUCAAGAUACAACGACCCACUACCUUCAACAGUUAUAUUUGGCCUAUAUGUUUGCCACCUAUCGAUCAGACAUUUGAAAGGAAAACAGCGAUUGUUACAGGUUGGGGGACACAAUAUUAUGGUGGACCAGCCAGUACCAUUCUUAUGGAGGUUACAGUACCGAUAUGGCCUCAAGAAAUGUGCAUUAAGAGCUUUACUCAACGUAUCACGAAGGCUACCAUGUGCGCAGGCGCUUACAAAGGAGGUCGUGACGCUUGUCAGGGAGACUCUGGUGGUCCUUUGGUUCAUCAACUCGGGAAUGGCAGAUGGGUGAAUGUUGGAAUCGUUUCCUGGGGUAUUCGUUGUGGUGAACCUGGCCAUCCUGGAAUUUACACUCGCGUAAACUUUUAUCUCGAUUGGAUAUUCGCGAAUGCCGUGUUUUAAUCUAAUUCAUUAAUAUAAUAAUAUUAUACACGACUAACGAA